AAGAAUUGCCCUCGGUUCAUUCCUCAAGGAAAGGCACAUUUUUGGCUUGCGUUCACCAUGGUGCUGGAGUCCACAAACCUGAUUUCUGGCAUGCUCUAUUGUUUGGAGGGCUACCAGCGUGCAGCAGUUGCUGAUUUACACGUCGAGUGCGGGUCAGCCACACUGAUACCAGUGCUGCCAGAGCAAUGCCCAGACUCACUGUCACAUCUGCCAGCCUGUGACCUUGGAAUGGCCAAUCUGGCCUUGUGUGAAGCCGAUCCGGAAGACCGGUCGACCAUGUGUCCAGUCUCAGUCGAGAUUGACAAUUGUGGCAAAUUUGAUGUUUACCAAGUGGUAGUAGAGCCAGCUUGCGCUGAGAUAGGAUGCGAGAUCCUGACCAAGGCACUUUGGGCCUUUGCAUUCACUUCCUUCGUCGCUACCACCAGUGUUACGAGCCUUUAUCACACUCGAAAAGCGUGGAGAGAAUUGAACGGGAGAGCAGGAACGCGAGCCUUACUCGUCACAGUUCAGGUUGUCCCAGUCUUGCUAUACUUCACUGGUAUGGGAUUUGGUCUUGAGACCGCAUCAGUAAAGUCUGUGAUAUUGCUCGUCGUGGUGGCACCAAUUUUUCCAUUCUCAGUGUGGCUAGUUUCACUGCUUCUAGAGCACGCUCGCAGCAAACAGAAAUCCCAAGCAGCCAUGGAACUUCCCAUUUUCAGUGUGCUUCUGGCGUACCGGCUCGGGCCAACCCAUGCGGAUAAAUUCAUCGGGGCACGAAAACCGCUCGGCAUAUUACUGCGAAUGGUGGAAGAUGUCCCAGAGGCUGUUCUAGGUUGUCUUGACCUAUUCUUUUUUGGUGGGUCCUGGUUCGCCACCUUCAGCCUGAUGAUGUCGGUCAUUCUGGUCCUGGUCGAGCUGCUGAUGGGGUCCGCAGCCUUCCUAAACGGCGCCGCCCAGCACAUGGCGGAGGAGGAGCGCCAAAGGAAGAUGGAGACGGAAUGAAACGGACUUUCGGAGGUUCGGCCUUGGAACAUCUCAAAGUUUGGAUUACCAUUUUUGCCUGUCUGUCUUCAGUCAGGGCAGCCAAGAUGCACGACCGACGGACGCCCAAAUGCUCAGCCACAACGUGCUCUCAUGAAAUGAUUCUGCACGUCGAUUCACCUUUGGAAGAGUCGCUGGUUUUUCCCUGCGGACUGCUCAUAGCUGCCGACAAUCGCUUUGAAUACGCUUUUCUUC